AUGACCACUGUUGCUUGGAUGGUGCUCGCCUGCCUGGUGCUCCAAGCCCGGGUGAAAGGGGAAGACCUGCAGAAUGAAGAGCUGUCUCCAAAAGUCAGGUGCCCCAAAGGCUCCACGGCCUAUGGCCACCACUGUUAUGCCUUUUUCAAGACAGAAAAAUCCUGGAUGGAUGCGCAUACGGAAUGCCAGAAACGUCGCAAUGGACACCUCGUGUCUGUGCUCACUCAGUCUGAGGGCUACUUCGUGAGCUCCCUCAUCAAGAACAGUGGGGCAGCACCCCCUCUUGUCUGGAUUGGUCUCCAUGACAGCACAGAGGUGAGAUUACAUCUUCUGUUCACGGGCUAUGAAAAAUGGCAAAAUUAUGACUGUUGGAUUGUAAUGCCGUACGUCUGCAAGUUUGAGAGCUAA